GGUUCACAAUUGCUCGAGGAUGUAGCAGGAAGAGAUGCGUCUCUUGAGUUUGAGGAUGCAUUGCAUUCAGAUGCAGCUCGCAAAGAAGAGAAGUUGGAACUCAAAGGAUUCCUUGAAGGAUCAGAAGAGCAGGUCCAAAAGUUUCGCGAAUCUGGCUGGGACGAAGGGCAAGGAAUUCCUGACCCAGAGGCGCUUCUGAGCAAGAACGGCGUGAACUUUGCUUCAGCAGCUCCUAUUUUGCUGGUUGGCGCAAUUGCUGCCGCAGCUGCGGCGUGGUUUAUUGCUUCGAGGAAGAAGUGAGCUGAAAAAAUUGGCUGGUUGAAUCUGGUUGAGAAGUGAGAUCUCACAUCUUUGUAGAGGUUGAGUCUGUUGGUCUCAGCGAAUGUGCUUUGUGACCCAGGCCCCACGACUAUUGACGUGCUACUGUGUGGCUAAGCCCAGUGGCCAUGUACAGGGCCCUGUCACAGAGUCUUCAAAAACCCACUCCGUGCGAUGUUCAGCCUGCAGGACAGACAAA